CCUGGGCCAUUCUAAAACCAUCCAUUGCGAAAGCAACUCUGGACUAAGAACACCCUCACAUUCAUUCUUCAUCAAGUUCAUAAUAAACGACACUGACCAUGUCUGAUUUCGGCGAUGACGAUGUUGGCGGCGCUGGCGGCGACGAGCCCAUGUACGAGGAGGAGGAGAUCACCGAGUACUACGACCCCGAGGUCCUCGAGGAGGAGGAUGGUGACCAGCAACAAAACGGACAAGACCAGGACAAUGUCGUAGUCUCAGGAGAUCCUUCUGCAGCUGCCAACGCGCUGAAGGGCGGCGACAAGCUACUCAAAGACAAGAAGAUUCCCGAGAACGAGCGAACUACCACACCCUACAUGACCAAGUACGAAAGGGCACGCAUCCUCGGUACACGCGCUCUGCAGAUCAGCAUGAAUGCGCCUGUGCUAGUUGAUCUCGAGGGCGAGACUGAUCCGCUUCAAAUCGCGAUCAAGGAGAUGCGGGAAAAGAAGAUCCCCUUGAUCGUGCGGCGAUACAUGCCCGAUGGCUACUACGAGGAUUGGACCUGCGAGGAACUGCUGCAGUAAGCGACCGAAGGACUAGCACGUCGCGAAACAACCGAUUGCCCCCGAGGUGUAUAUACCCAUGCGACCCUCCUUAGAUACAAUCGAGCUGGAACGUUGUGUGCUCCCUUCUGGCUUGACAUGUUGUAUAGUGUAUCAGGAGGUUAAUUAAUCAUGUAUAAGCGCGGCGUUUGAGAUUGAGAUUGAUUUACACAGGAACUAGACAAAAAAAA